CCAGGCUUGCUUAUAAUCAAAUUUAAAGUGCCUUAGGCUGCUUAUACUCGACUCCCUUGGGGAUCAUUGUCCUAAGUCCAGUCCCAAUUCUGCCCCUACCACACCACACUUCUUGCUCUACACAAUGGAUCUGGGCCACUUGUUUCCUUCUGACCGCUUUGCAUGAUUUCGGCGCUCUCGUGUUCAUACCCGUUCUUGGAUGGAGCGACAAAUCAAAUCCGACUGGCCGCCCCUUUUCAGCUCGGUUUCGCAAGCCUAUUCUUUGCGCGCUUUUGGAGGGUCUUCUAGCAUCGUUUGCAUGUUGCUCCAUUUACUGUAUACACGCCUUCGAUUUUCGACUAUCGUGGCGACGCACUCAGAUGUCGUGCUACACUCAAAAAGUUCUCUGGUCACUUUGGCUUUUCCUCCUAUCUGCUCAAGGAGCAGUGAACCUGGUAGUUUAUCGCAAGGCCCACCUUGGGACCGAGAUACGACAUUGGGCGAUCCAUUUAGUAGGACGGAUUUGUGGCUAUGCAUUUACUUUGGUGUUUUUCUUCAGCACUGUUCUGGCAUGGCAGUACCCGUUAGAGUUCAGUCCCUGUUUAGAGGUCCAAGAUUUUGAAGUGAAAUCCCGCGCACAAGACCCGUAGCUUCGUACAGUAGCUGUUAUCCAUCUCCUUCUGCCGGACACGGCGUCACGCUAAGCUUGGCGCAAAGGAGCGAGCGAAGCGGCGACUGGGACUUGAUCAUUCUGUGGCUG